UGCACAGGGGCGAAGGAACGGAGAACCGUAGGUUGCAGCUUUGUAGGAAGUGUUGCUCAACUGUCUGUUGAAAAAAAACAUUCGGAUAACAGACAGAAUUUAGCCAGGUAGAAAGUAAGAUUAAGCCAUGGCUGGACCUGUCAGUUUGGAGUUGGAUCCCAUCUUCCUAAAGGGGCUUAGUUACUUACACUCCAAGAGUAAAGAUUCAGCUGAAAAACUCAAAGCCCUGCUUGAUGAGUCCCUUGCAAGAGGAAGCGACUCAUCCUACCGCUCUUUACAAAAAGAUGUGGAGGUGUCAAAGGGGUCUGUGUCAAAGUUGAGCUUAAUUAAACAAGACUCGAAGUCCUCAAGUUCCUCAUCUUCCAGCAGCAGCAGUGGAAGUAGCAAAUCCAGCUCAGAGAAGAGCAAGAAAGAAGGAGAGAAGAGGCCACCUGAGAAGGUCAGGGUAGAGUUAAGUGAAUUGGACCCCCCGAAGAAGCCUCGCUUGGAGAAGCAGGAGAAUCGCUCUUCUCCGAUAACUGUUCAGACGAGCAAAGAUCUCCUGCCAAACAUACAUGACUACGAUGAGACUAACGCGGAUGACUUUGCCAUGGAAAUGGGUCUGGCUUGCGUGGUUUGCAGACAAAUGACUGUAACCAUGGGAAACCAGUUGGUGGAGUGCCAGGAGUGUCACAACUUGUACCACCAGGACUGUCAUAAGCCCCAGGUGACAGACAAAGAAGUAAAUGACCCACGGCUUGUGUGGUAUUGUGCCCGUUGCACCAGGCAAAUGAAGCGAAUGGCCCAGAAACCUCCACAAAAGCCAUCCCCUGCAUCGGCAUCAUCGGCGCCUGUUGUAAAAGAUACACUAGUGAAAAAGACGGAGCUAAAGCUUAAAACGGACACAGCCAGCACCUUCCAAGCCUUCAAAAGAACAGAACUGAAGACACCUACCACAUUAGCCAAUCCCACCAGCAACACCACCUCCUCCUCAGGCAGCGGUCUUACAGGCUGGGCUGCAUUUGGCGCCAAAACAAACCCGUCUCUUCCCACUAGCUCCAAACUGGCUUCCUCUGGCACGAGUGGGAGUAGUAAGACCUUAACAGCUCCCUCUGGUCAGAAACCCAUCGGGUUAUCAGGGCUAGCUGGGGCCAAAUCAGGACUCGGAGGUGCAAAGAUUGCUGGAAAUAACAAUGGAAAUGGCUCCAGCCAAGUAACUCUGAAACCUCCUCCACCUUUGACUCUGGGUAAGCAGCCACUCAACCGCUCAUCGAGUGGGGACAGCCAGGGGAAAAGCACUGCUUCAUCAGGAGCUGGCUCUCCAAGUAGCACCCAGGCGAGUACUGGAGGAAACGGAGGAAAUAACGGAGGAGGUAAUGGGAACAAUGGGAAUGGAUCAAAGGCUGCACCAGGGGACAAAGCACCAACCUCUCAAGAGUCGCAGCUUAACGCCAUGAAACGGUUACAGCUUGUCAAGAAGAAAGCAGCACAGAAGAAGCUAAAGAAAUGAGGGGCUGCAGAGAGGAACUACCACCAAGGAGGGAGUAGAAAAUAAAUGUGUGAAUUUAGUGCCAGAGUAUUAGGUUUGUACUGCAAGAGCAUCUGCACAUGGAGUAACACCAUCGAGUCAAAUACUUGAAUUUUACUUUGUGUAAAUGCUGCUGGACUCUGUGUGCCUCAGUCUGUCCUAACAAAUCUAAACAAUGAAAGAGAAAGUGUCACUUUUUAUCAACACUGUCAUUAAAUAUUCUCUUCUUAUAA